AUGACAUCAAUGGUUGUGACAAUUGAUGACAUUUUGGAUCAAUUGUGGAGUGAAAACAAACGACUUCUUAAAGAGUUAUUGUUUGCCAACAAAUUGAAGAUAUUUUUGAUGAAACUGUUUAUCAAAUAUGAAGAAUAUAUUGAUGGAGAAGACAAACAUGAGUUCAAGCAAUUAGAAGAAGAGAUUCAAUUGAAGGAUAAGGAGAUUGAAGAGGACAGUCAUAUCGUGGAUAUUAAUAUCAAUAAAUUUAAUGAAAAUAACAGACAGAAUAGGAUAUCAAAGAUUAGAUCAAAUAUUAACACUAAAAAAUUUUUUAUUCAUCGCAAGACAUGUAAACCAAAGGAAAGAAUUUUCAUGAAAAUGAUUUACGAUAAGAAAAGUCGAAAAUAUAAAUGUCGUUAUAAUGGCUGCGACAAAAUGAUUAGUACAAUGGCUGGACUCAGAUAUCAUGAGAGGACAUAUCACGAGAGAGAAUCAACAAAAUGGUUGAAAUGUCAGUACAUUGACUGUCAGUUUGAGACUUUCACUGAUAGCAAAAUGUUGUCACAUAUUAAUGUUAAACACUUGAAUGUCAAGACAUUUGUUUGUCCUAUCAGUGGAUGUAAUAAAGCAUUGAAAUCAAAGGAUUCGUUACAAAGACAUUCACUUAUCCACACAAAUACCUUAAUUAGCUGUGAUUUUGAUGGCUGUCAGCGACGGUUUAGAUGUAAAAAAAUAUUGAAUCAACACAAGGCUCAACACAAGAGUGUGCCGACACUUACCUGUUCAGCGAAAGGAUGUGUGGAAAAGUUUUUUACAGAAUCAGAGAGACAAAGACAUCGAAGAAUAAUUCAUAAUUUUAAGCGAAAAAGGUUUAAUACAAAGAAACGGUGUGUUUGGCCCGGAUGUGACUAUUUUGGUCAAAAUGUGUCCACUCAUAUGGAAAUUCAUACGGGAGAGAGACGGUAUCCAUGUCUUUGGCCACAUUGUGGUAAACGGUUUAGGGAUUCGGGAAGACUUAGAUUUCAUAUGAAUGUUCACAAUAAUCUUAAACCAUAUGUAUGUCGUUGGCCGGGAUGUGAGUAUCGGUGCGCUAAUAAUUCAAAUGUUAUUAAACAUAUGAAACAAAUUCACCAAAAACUGUGA